AUGGAAUCAACACGGAGUCUUUACAAGAACGGUGUCGACUUUGCUGCCCUUUCGUUACAGUCACCGGAGUUCGCGAAGCAUCUCAAAUCAAAUGGUCAACUAGACUUUAACGAUCCAGCAUCGGUGAGAGCGUUGACCAUCACUUUGCUGAAGCAAGACUUUCAUUUGAACGUUGAACUGCCCGAAGACCGACUAUGCCCACCGGUUCCUAACAGACUAAACUAUAUCCUUUGGUUGCAAGACCUCCUGGAUUCAACAGCAGGCACGAUCAAAGAGGGAUACGAUUCUAAACGAGAAAUAGUCGGUCUUGAUAUUGGAACUGGGUGCUGCAGCAUCUACCCUUUGCUGGGAUGCAGAGUUCGACCUCAAUGGAAGUUCCUUGCGACAGGUACACUCUUUGACAGUUCUGAAGUUCAGAAAGAAGUUUCACCAAGUAUUGAUUGGUUCUUAGACAUCGAUGAAAACAACACUCGCACAGCUGAACAAAACGUGAAACUUAACGAACUCGAAUCACGAAUUCGCAUCAUGAAAACUGAUCCCAAUGACCCUCUUUUUCCCCUCAACAAGUUUGAUCAGAAGAGAAUCGAUUUCACAAUGUGCAACCCCCCAUUCUACGAAUCCCAAGAAGAGAUGAUACAAUCCGCGGAAGCCAAAUCCAAGAAACCGUCGCAGACAUGCACAGGCGCAGAGGUGGAAAUGGUCACAUCAGGCGGGGAAGUAGCCUUCGUGACACGCAUGAUCGAAGAAAGCAUGCAACUACGCAACCAAGUACAAUGGUACACAUCCAUGCUGGGGAAAUUGAGCAGUGUCGCUGCCCUCGUCGAGACCUUGACAAAAAACAAAAAUCACAAAUUUGCCGUCACCGAGCUUGUGCAGGGCAAAACGAAGCGGUGGGCUCUUGCUUGGUCGUGGGGUGAACGGCAUCCGAAGAUGAGCGUUGCCCGGGGCAUUCCAGGAUUCCCAAAGCACCUUCUUCCCUUCCCGAGUGAUUACGCUUUUACCCUCCCGCCAGAGACAUCCAUCGACACUGCUAGCGCUACUUUGAAUGGCGAGCUGGACUCGCUCUCAUGGUACUGGGACUGGGAUAAGAUUCUCAGCGCUGGUGUGGGAUACACUUCUGAGAAUGUCUGGUCCCGACAAGCACGUCGUAAGAUGAAGCUUUCUGGACAGGAAGGCAUGAAGAUAACGACGGUCCCAGCGGAGGUAGUGCUAGGAGUCCGUGUUCAGCUAAAACUGGCUCAUGGACACACUCCCGAGGCAAAGGGGGAAACACAGGUCUUAAUACGUUGGAUCCAGGGGACAGAUAGCGUAUUAUUUGAGAGCUUUUGUGGGAUGCUUAAGAGGAAGAUGGAGGCAUAA